GAUUUCCGGUUGAACAAACCGUCAUGAGAAAAUGAUAUUUAAUAUUAAACUAUACUGCGAUUUAUAAAUAGUCAUAUGAACAAAACCAUGAACAGUCGUUAAGAUGGCAGUUGGAAACGUAGUCGUCUUGUCACAAGUCAUCUGUUAUGUCCUUUCAUUUGCAGUUUCAUUCUUUGUGUUCAUUCCAGUCAGCAUAAAUAAUGGUGAAUUCAAGGGACAUUGUCUCUUGCAUGCUACAGGGACAUGGAAACAAAUAAAAGAAUCUGCCUUGACAGAACUUACAGACCUUCAUUGGGGCCCAUCAAGUGCCUGUAACUUUACAGUAUUUAUUGGAAUUGCUGUUAUGAUUGUGUCUCUAUUUUAUAUUAUUUGGGAAUCACGCUAUCUAAUAAGAGGAACAGAUAGUUCCUGGUUAGAUGCAUUUACUACAGCAGUUGUGAGUGUUUUAGUUGCUAUUUGUAUAUUUUCUACUGGUAUAACUGUUAGUGGUGGCUUCUCCGAUUGGUGUUCCUUGAUUACAAAUAAACUUUCAGGAAUUGAUAGAUGUGAAAAUGGGGGAGAUAUAACCUUUGAUGUAGAUCUUCAAUUAAAUACUGCUAAUUAUUUUAUGGAGUAUCAAGUUGCUCAGUUUGGGUUGUGGAGUUUAUGGAUGUGUUGGGUAGCUUUAUCUUUUUUAUCAAUAAUAAAACUAUAUAGAUAUCAUAAACAAGAGACCUUUUUAAACAGUGUCAGUCAACAAAGAGAUAAACUGCUAAGAAGAGUGGGACAUCAAGGUUCUUAUGAAAGUGUGAAUUCUUAAAACUUUUCUCGUGGAUUACACUAAUUCUAUAUCAAAGGACAUUUCUAAGAAAGGAUUGUUCACCAAAUCAACCUAUGAACUUUUUUGUUCAGUAAAACAAAUUUGGGAUUUCUAUUAUACUCAUUUACUAAAGUUAUAUUGAAAGUGAUUGAAAUAAAAGAGGUGUAUUCAAAAAAUUAGAUUGUGUUCUUGUGAAAUGCUUUAUUAAACUGUUGUCUUUCAAGUACUUACUAUAUAUAUAUAUACUUUGUUUCAAUAUGGUGU